AAGAGAAAACAUUCGAGUGGGGAAAUGUGUUUCUAGUCUGACUGGAAUGUUUGAAGGAGCUGCUGCUGGAUUAAAUUGGGAUGUACAAAAUGUUGCAGGGAUAAAAUUCUCAGUGACUUCUGGACCAGGGCAGGUAGGCCUAUCCUUUUUUGUAAAAGACAAAAUUGAAGAUGAGGGUUCUGAUCAGCUGUACAAUUUCUCUGCCCGUUUUCUUAAUGCUGCUGAUGGCUGGGAGACUGCAGGGAAAAGUCACUGCCCCACAGUAUAUGCUGGCUCCAGUCAACAAGCCCUACACUUUGACUUGCAGUGUGUCCAAGGAGAAGGGCGAAACUGUGAGGCAAGUGCGCUGGAUAGAUGUAGAGAAUAAAACACUACUGACCUACCAGCCGGGCAACAAGGACAGUGUGAGUGGCCAACAGCAUGUGGACCUUGGCCCUGCCCCCAAAGACACCUCCAACGUCAUCAUAACCAGGGUCAGCUACAGAGACGAGGGCUGCUACACCUGUAUCUUUGACAUGCUUCCUUCUGGCUCACAACAAGCGACCACAUGCAUCACUGUUACAUCUCAAGUCACGGCUGACCGCAACAAGACAGCAGUGAGUGGCAAAAAGACACUUCUCUCCUGCUACUAUGGCCUACCUGAGAAAGUGCAGCAGGUGGAGUGGACGCACAGCUCGCCGGACGGGCAGUAUAGUCCCGUGGCUUCGUACGCGAAACAGAGUGACCCUAUGAUCGAGCCUACGUACGAGGGGAGAGCAUGGCUUAGCUCGUCCCAGUCUGACAGCCAGCUCACCAUCCAGCCUGUACUGAUCAAGGAUGAGGGCUGCUACACCUGCCUGUUCCACACACACCGCGAUGGACCAAAGACCGCUACCGUCUGCCUCUCCACAUAUGUUCUCCCAAAGCCUCAUGUUACCUAUAAGAUGACCUCUCCAGGCGUGAUAGAAGCCAACUGCACCUCUGUGUCCCGACCCCCGGCGGAGAUCGUGUGGAACGUGGAGAGGGACAACCGCACCAUAGGCCCCCCAAAGACCGCUCAGACGCCUCAGGAUGACGGGACGACCCUGGUUAUCAGCACCUUAACUGUCCAGUCAGGCCUGCUUAAAGAUGUGUCAGUGAAAUGCCUGGUGCACCACAAGGGCCUGGAGUCGCCUAUUGCUGUAUCCAUGAACACUAAAAUUGGCACGGCUCUGACCAUCCUCAUCUCCGUCACCACAGUCGCUGCCCUCUUGGUCCUGUCACUUUGUUUCUGUCUUUGGAAAUGCUUCUUACAAAAAGAAGAUGACAAAAGACGACAGCGCUUCACUGAGCCGCCCUUGUGAGUCGUCCCCUGUUGUCCCUUAUCCGACUGCUAUGGGUCCACUGACAGGAGGAGAAUACACGCAACAUCUAAGCAACAACUACGUGAACUUUGACACAAUCUUAUCAUUAUGUGAGCGCCUCCUCCACAUCCUACUGUGAUUCUCAGUGUUACGUAAUCUCCUGGACAAACGGAGAAGUGCGGUAUUAUAACUGGUUGUACUGACGUUUCAUAUUCAUUCAGUUUGUGAACUUUUUGUACAGCCUUGCAUUAGUAUAUCUAUGUUGUGCAUCACUGUGGUGUGUGUUAUUGGAACUUAGUUUUGGUCAAAAUGUAUUAUAUAUUAGCAGAAGCAUAGUACCGGAAGUAGUGAGUGUAAUUUAAAAGCGCACUAUGUAACUUCUCUACUUUCUUAUCUCCAUGAAGAGGUUAUCGCUUUGAAUGUUCUACAGUAUCUUGCAUUUAUUCAAUUACAGCUGUUUUUAUUGCUCAAAAAUAAACCAAAACCCUCGCAUUCUUCUCCCCUCUCCACAGAUCUAACCUGUAAACUGGGGGUAGAUAAGAUUAACGCCACACUGUACGUUAAAGGUUAAAUUGUAGUAGCCCGAGAGUUGAAGAGAAGAGGCAUGACGCUGGAGAAGUUUAUUUUCCAUCAAGACUUUGUGAUAGUGUUGCCCAUUCCCGGUCUAGGACACUCCAGUCUGGCUAUGCUUCCGUUGUAGGGAGUAUUAUACCUCCGAUGACAUAAACCAAGAUCACGAGCUGGCACUGAAAGUCCUGCGUACAGCACAGUAAUGGAAUUUAUACAACAUGGACUCCAUGGACAUAACCAGAGUGUGCUAAAAUAGUGCACUUUUGAAUUCUCUGAAACUGUAACUAUAUCCCAUAAAUUUCUUACACAUACACAUGGAAUCCCUUGUCUCUUUCUGAGUUUAAGUACAUGUAGUUUGGAGGAAAACCUGCUUGUGCCCUUGACAGGAAUGCGUGUCCAGUCUCUGCGCCUUUAACUGUGUGACUGUAAAGUUCAACUGUGGUCAAGGGACAGAUGCCUGAGAUGUUCUAGUUUUCAGUAAAACGGUAACCACUUCAGUCUGGAUUAUAGGAUUUGAUAGAUGUUUGUUAGCAGCGGUGGGAAGAGUACUGACAGUUAGCGGUGAUAAAAACGUACUCAGUUACAAGUAUGUGCGCUACUGCUAUAUUUAUUUGUAUUAGUCGUAAGUAUUAGUUAGUUUUUAAAGCAGUUUUGGUUGCGCUUUAGUUCAGUUUUGUCCAAUUGCAGGUGUAAAAAUCUCAUUACCCAAAAGAUCAACAGUUACAGACAGACACAUGAGUGACCACAAUGUUGUACUGCGGUGAUGUUACUUUUUAUGAUGUACAUGCUGCAGGUUGUCAGAUUUAUAUGCGUAUAAAAAGACAUGUCAAACACUUUAAAGCAGUGUAGAGCGAUGCAACUUAUCAAAGACACUACUGCGUAUGUGUUAGUCUUAAGUAAGUUGUUAAAAAGGCAUAUCAAAAUCAAAUUACUCCUGCCUCGUAAUAAAGAGGUUGUGGGUUCAAUUCUCUGAGACUCUGGACUUGCUCAAAAAUAAUGUAAAGCAUUUGUGACUUUUACUUUCUGUUAGAGCAGCGUUUUCAGUUUUAAUGAACCAAUCGCCUAAAGUCGCCUAAAACCAUGAAAAGCAUCCAUCAGCAGAGGAAGAUAAACUGUACACAAAUGCCCUGAUGGUUUAUUUUAUAGUUAUAGAGUAACCAUGGUGACCACUUGUCCCUGUUUUGAUUGUACACACACACACAGGUAUUUAGGCUCCUGUGCCUCGUCCCACUUAUUUAUGUAAUGUUCUACUUUUUGAUUGAUGCCACAUGAUCAGUCGAAAAAGUGAGAUUUUUGGGUGUUUCAACGUUGUAAUAUGUUGGCGUCUAUUUCUCUUCCUUCUGUUUGUUACAACUGAGCAAAACUGAAUCCCCUCCGUGUAUCACUUCACCUCUUUUUCUUCACUGUCAGGUGGUCACUCUGAAAAUUAUAUCCUUGUACUUUUAGCA